AUGACACCUGUGCAUUUUGCUUUUUCAACAACAUUUAUUUUAGGACUUAUAGGACUUACUUUUCACCGAAACCACCUAUUAUCUGCUCUCUUAUGUUUAGAAGGAAUAAUGUUAUCAUUAUAUGUUGCCCUAUCCUUAUGAACACUUCAAUUAAACUCAAUCAACUUCUCACCCACCCCCAUACUAAUACUUGCUUUUUCAGCAUGUGAAGCAAGUGCAGGAUUAGCCCUUCUGGUAGCAACCUCUCGCACACAUGGGACCGACCGCCUUCAAGCCCUAAACAUCUUACAAUGUUAA